AGCCGGCGACCCGUCUGUGAGUGAGUGAUUUAGGUGCAAUUUGCGAACAACGACUGUCCGUGUGUUGAAGAGAGUGCGUGAAAACUAAGCGACGAGCGAUCCCAACCUGAUUUCCUUCUUUGUGGUGUUAAACGCCUGAAAGAAGACGAUCAACUAGUGAUAAAAAAUAUUCAUGUUAACGAAUCUCCACACUCUGUUCAGACUGUUGUUCUCCCGCGUCGAAAUGACUACGAAAUAGUUCGAUUAGAGAGCAACGCACGAAAGAGAGAGAUAGACGAGAGACGCUACAACCCACGCUUCGAACGUCGGCACGCGUUCACCGCCGGGGGAAGACAAGCCGACGACGACGCCGCCGACUCGUCAUCCCAUAAUUUUCGCUCACAUGAGCCGAUCGGGCGGCAACGCUGGCGGAGCGAGUACAGCGAGAAAUGGCGAGAUCUGACGAUCGAGAUUACGAUAGUCACAGUAGAGACAGCGAACACCCGUGCCGCACGCACGGCGGCACCAGCGACCCGACGCGAAAAAAGAAGAAGGACGACGAGGAGGAAGGGUCGAAGGAGGAGGAGGAAGAAGCGCUGCUCAUUUACGGCGGAGAAUCCCACGAGAGAAGGCCGUCGAUCGGCGGAGGGAGAAUUCGGGCCGACAGCCUCUCGGUGCUGAGUGAGUUGCUACGAGCGGCGCCCGGACAGCGGUCCACAAGUCUGAUCCGCAGUCCGGCCAGACUGACCAGCGGUCGUUACCUGCUUAACUCACCCCCGCCGGUGAGCGACAGCGGCGGUGGCGGCGGCGGCUCGCCCGUACAGGACAGCGGCUACUACAGUCCCGCACUGCUCAGCAUCGCACGACCGCAGCGCCGCGCCGCGUUCACGUUCCCGUCGCCAUCGUCAUCGUCGUCGUCGUCUUCGCCGUCGGCGUCCGACGAUCUCGAACUGUUUAGUUUCGGUGGCGGCGACGCAUCGCCAGACUUCCCGUCGUCGGGACAACCGGACUUCCUGCGGCUGCCGACGUUGGCGACUUCUCAGCGACGCGCGUCCGUUCCUAUGGCUAUGCCCGGUGCCGCACGCCGUCCGCUACAUCCGCCCGUCGGCGGGUCGGCGCCGACGACGCCCGCCCGUAGUCGCUGCCGACCACAGCGCUGUUCGACGCCGGCGCGCGUGCACGCGUGGUCGGCGGCCGACGAUUCGUGCUUCGUCGGGCCGACGGGGAAUCCGUGUCGGUCGAUAUCGACACAGACGUCCGUAGAAGGCCAGCAACGCAUCGCUGCCCGCAGGGGUGAGUACUUACUUAUUUACUUACUUACACAGCUACACACCUCACCGUUAUAG